AUGCCGCCUGCACUUGAAUAUAGUGAAGAUGAAUCUGGCGGAGAGUCAAUCCCUUUCAAUGAUGGUGAGGAAGAGGAACGGACCGCCAAGAAGAGGGACGCUACUCCGGUAAAAGAUGCGGAAGAGGAAGAAAACGGCGAAAGCGGCGGCGGUGAUGGCGAUUAUGAGGAGGAGGUGGUGGUGGUGGAGGAGGAGGAGGAGGGGGGGGAGGGGGGGGACGAGGACGAGGAGGAGGACGAGGACGAGGAUGAAGACGUGGAGGAAGACGUAUAUGUCGUUGAAAAGAUUAUGGGACAUGAGUUUGCCAAAGAUGGCGCCCUGCUCCUUCUGGUUAAGUGGAAAGGUUAUGAGAACCCGGAGGAUCAGACUCUAGAACCAGAGAAAAAUCUACUAGAAGACACACCGGAAAUAGUGGAGGAAUACUACUCGAAGAUUGGUGGACGCCCUGAAAAGCCAUCAAAGAAACGGAAGUCCCUUGGCGAGUCCUCUGCACUGUCGCGCGACACAGCCUCCAGCAAAAGAUCUAAAAAGCCUCGAUCGGUGGAUGGAACCCCCGAGAUGGAAAAUAACGCUGCGAAUUGGAUGCCAAAAACGAAGAACUGGGAUACGCAAGUCAAGUCUAUCGAUACCAUAAUGCGCGAUCCGCCCACGGGCAACCUGUUUGUGUACCUCAACUGGAAUAAUGACAAGAAAGCGAAAGUAUCGAUCCAACAAUGUUAUGAAAAGUGCCCACAAAAGAUGCUGCAAUUCUACGAACAACACCUCGUUUUCAAGGAUGCUUAA